UAAUAAUUCAUCCCUAAUUCAUCAACACAUCACACUUCUACCUCCCAUAAAUACUCGUCAAAACCUCUCUCACGUCUCCAUUUAUUUUAUUCUCUCUCUCUUUCUCGGUGUCUCCCCUCUUGUACUCUCUGUCUUCGGGACAUUCAUCGAUAAAGUAUCAGACAAGAAUAUGUCUCGAAGAGGAUCCAAAAGAGUGAGCUUUAGUCCGGAAUCAGAAGAAGCAAACGACGAACCAAUCUUUCCAACACACACCGGUCUCAGCUCAUCAUGGCAUGGUCGUCGGAGGGUCGUCGUCGGAAUUCUCAGUUUUGGCGUCAGUAGCUCGCCGGCAGCAAGGAGAUUGCUCCGGCGUAUAGGAGCAGGAGUCGGUAAAACGUUUCGUUUUGUAUCUUUCGGCAAGAAGAGUAAUAACACGAAUACGACACCGUCGUCUUCGUCUUUUUCUUGCUCUUCCUCAUCUUACUCUUCGUCGUCUAUUUAUCUGGCCAAGUCAAAGUCUCUAAACGAAUCGGAGUCUCACCGUGCAGAAGCUAUUGAGGACUGCAUCGAGUUCUUAAACUCUUGCUCUUCUAUGUCGAGAUCAAACUCGAUCUCCACGUGGUCUUGCUAAACUACGGGUUUGACCCGAUUCAGGUUCGGAUUCGAUCGACAAAGCUUCAAAAUUAUUAUUAUUCUUUUGUAAUGUAAAAGAUUUGAAAUUUUAGGGUUGCGUGUAGAUGAUCAGUUGCUUCAGUUAGCUAGUGACUACUUAAAAGGUUAUAAUUCUUCGAUCUUUUUCCUUCUUUUUAAAAGUUUCGUAACAAACUCUAAACCAAAGUUUUCUUUUGUUUUUUUUAAUUGUUACCAAAUUGUCACUUCUUGGCAACAAUAUACUCGACAUGCAGUAGAUAAAUCAAAUAUGUAUAGGACAUUUGGAUUGUUAUCGUUUCAACAUGGAUUAGAUGUUAUGACGUUAUUUAUUUAAAUUAUCAUGUUGGUUUCUAAGUCGUACCGUUCACAUCUCUGUUUACUUUUUCUUUUCCAAGUUGUGCAUCUUUCGAAUAUCACAAAACCAUUAAUCCUACGCAAAAACAUUAGUUUUAUAGAAACUAAAAAAAAAAAACAAAGUGGACCAGUUAGGAAUUCAAAAAGA